AUGGCCACGAAGUCCCCGUUGGUCUCCACGUACUUGAGGAUCUCCACCUCGUGCUUCUUGACGUCGGACACGGUGGAGGUCCCGAUGCCGUACUCGAGGGCGAGCUGCCGCUGGGACUCGCCGCUGUGGAGCCGCCGGAUGAGGUCGGCCUUCUCGGCGAUCGACAGCACGGUCCGGCGGCGCUUCGGGACUGAAAGCGAACUCAGUACAACCAAUAUGGCGGCUCAGUGGGUGGGUUGGGAAAGUUCAGUGUACGCAAUGGUAUUCUAUCCCGCCCUGAGUCACAUUGUGGAGGCGCCCGGCUCUCAAAGCGUCGACCCAAGGGGGCUGAGUAGUACCUGGACCACGACGUGGGCUCGCACCCCGCCCGAAUCGCGGCCGCACCGCCGUCCAUUUCGAAGAGGAAUCUGCCGUGAAAGCGCCGUAUUUCGUGCUCGGGAGUGCGGAUUCGGGCGAAAUGCUGCGCAGCAUCGUGGCAAGGACCGUGUGGAACAGCCGGGCGCCGUGCCUAGGGGCGAGCCGGCGCUGGGGCGAGGGCGGAGGAGGCGCCCAAUGGACACGGCGGCGGCACGGGCGGCGGCGGCGGCGGCGACGGCGCGGCCCUUGCACGGGGCGGCGCUGCUUCGGAAGGCCGAGGACCGUAAGGAGAUGCUGGCCUCGAUGCCCGCCCGCGACGAGGGCACCGAGGGCGAGGCGGCCGUCGACGUGGACGCCAACCUCCGAGGGUUUGGAGGGAUGUUUCCGGAUGAGAAUACCCCAGACCUGUUGAUUGAUGGUGUGCGCUUUGCUGAUCUCCCAAUCUUGCAUGUCAAGAUAUCCAAAAAUAACACAGUCAUGUCCUUAACAAAUGCCAAAGGUGACGUGCAAAUGUACAGAACAUGUGGUAUUGAAGGAUUCAAGAACACCCGCAAGGGGACCAACAUAGCUGCACAAGCAACAGCUAUAAGUUUAGCAACAAGAGCAUUGGACCGCGGUGUCAAAAAUGUUCGAGUAAAAGUGCGGGGACUGGGACCAGGCAGAAUGUCUGCCGUGAAGGGCGUGACCAUGGGCGGGCUCAACGUGGUGUCCAUUACAGACUGUACACCCAUCAUCUGGAAUAAUUCUCCACGCCCUCGGAAAGCCAAGAAGCUGUAGUAGCUUCCAUUGCAGAGUUACAUCGUUGCCAUUCAUGUGUGUGUUAUUCCAACACUUUCAUUCCCAAAGGGGUAUUAUUA